AUGAGUUAAAUCUAACAAUUACAAGAUCAGAUUUAAACUCUUUAAGACCAAGUUCUUUUACUUUAAUCAGAAUUAACUUAGUAAUCUCUUUUAUUUUCAUAAUCUACAGAUCUAAGUAAGAUGCAUAAGACAAUGAAGAAUAUUAUUAAAGUGAAAUCCAUGAAAGAGAUCAAACUAUCUCUAAACUCAAUUUACAAAUCUCAUAACUUAAAGAUGGCUAUACAGAGUCUGAUUCUAUGAAGUAAUUAUUAUCUUAUGUAUAUUAGAUUGAUUUGCAAAUUAUAAGAUGAAUUGUAGUUAUUGAAAUCAAAAAAUUAACAUUUAGAAACAGAUAAAGAAAUCAAUCUAAGUAAUUCAAAAGAAUUAUAAACCUAACAAACAAAUCAAUUAAUUUCAAAUCAAGAGUAAUAGUUUUAAUUAUAAAAGAAAUGAAAUUAAUACUCUUAAAACUCAAUUAAUAAAUGAGCAACAAUUCAUACUCAAAUUAAAAUAAGAAAUUAAUACUUUAUAGAUUGAAAUCGAAAAUAUUACUAAUCUAAAUAAAUCAGAUCAAGUACAAGAAAAUAAACAAGAACUAUAUUCUCAAUUAAAGUAAUACAAUUUUAUUUAAAAAAAAGUAAUUAAAUUGAAAUACAUUAACAGAAGAUUAAAACAUUAGAAGAUGAAAAUGUAAAAUUGGAAUCAUUAUAAAAUGAUAAUUAAAGUUAUAAAAAUUAAAUCUUUAAAUUAGAAUAAUAAUUAUCCACAUAAGUUCAUUAAAUUGAUCAAUUUGAAAGAUUAAAGUAAUUUAUAUAUAAAUAUCUUCUAAUCAUAGAAAAUAGUGUGAACAAUUAAAAGAGUAAAGACAAAAUUAAGAAGAUUUAGAAGAAAAAAUUAAAGAUUUAGAAGACAAAAAUAAUUUACUUGAAAAUAAAAAUAAACUAUACUUAGAAGAAAUUUAGCAAUAAUAGGAUGAAAUUUAAAAAUUAAAUUUAAAGCCUUCUACUGUUGUUGUAAAUUCAUCUGAUAAUGAAGAAAUAUUAAGAGAAAAUGAAUAAUUAAAGUAAAAUUAAAACUAUAUCCUAGGUUAUAUAUAAAUGAGUUAGUUGAACUUAAUAAAUAAUUAAAGCAUGAAUAUCAUAUAAUUUUUGAUGAAAAUAAGUAAAUAUAAUAGGUUAAUUUUCUCUAAGAAACCUUAAAGAAUCUAAUGACUAAAUUGUUACUGAAUCUGCUAAAUUGCUUGAUGAAAACCAGUAAACAUAAUUUUUAUUUAGAUAUGAGAUCGAUUAGUUAAAAGAAUAAAUGAAAGAUUAAUAGUUUUUGGAGGAUAAUAUUAUAAAUUUAUAAUAAGCUCAAGAAAUUUAUAAGUAAAAGAUUUAGGUAUUAGAGAAAGAAAAAAAUGAAUUAUAGGAAGCAUUAAAUUAAGAAAAGUAUUGAUGAAAAAGAUUUUAUUAUUAUAGAUAAAAAUAUGAAAUCACAUUCAAUUAAGUCAAAGAAUUAUCACAGAGACAAGAAUAUGAUUAAAAUAAGUUAAAUAAAUAUAUGUAAAAUGAACAAGACUUGACAGAUUAAAUUUAAUAGUUAACAACUUAAUUAGAAUAAGUUGAAUUAUAAAAUUAAAUAAGAAGUUUCAAUGAGAAUAAUACUUAAUAAUUGCUUACCGAAAAUACUUAAUUAAAAUAAUAAAUUCAUUAAUUAUAGUAAAGAUUUUUAUUAUCAUUUAGAGUAGCUAAUUAAAGAGAUACCUUUUAAAAGAAAGAGGAAUUUGUUAAAAUAAAAGAAUAAUUAUAAGAAUGGGAAACUCUUACUUAAUUAGUCUCAGGAAACCUUAAUGCAAUAAAUUCUAAAGAUGUAAAAGUUUAAUAAUUAAGUAUCAAUAUUUUCAAUAAUAGUUAAUUGUCUAUUAAAUUAUUAAGAGACAAGUUUGUCUUAAUCUAAUCAAAUAGAAAACUUAUAAAAUGAACUAAAGCAAAAAAAAUUAGAGUUGAAUAAAUUGAAUUCUGAAAAAUUAAAUUUAGAAGAAUAGUUAGUAUUAUAGAAACAAUAAGAAGAACAAUUAAAAUAAAAAACUGUAAGAAAAUCAAUUUACAACAAUUCACUUCAGAGUAGUGAUGAUUUAAAGUAAAUCAAUUUAAAAGUUAAGAAUAUAGUAUGAAAUCUUGUAGUCAAAAUAUGAUAGUUUGCUUCUAAUGAAAUAGAGAUAAGAACAAAGUGAAAAAAAAAAAAUAAUAGAGCAAGAAUAAAUAUUUUAAUUAGAACUUGAAAACACUUCUCUCAAAGAAUAACUAUAACAAAUUACUUCUUAGAAAGAAAAAAUCAGAAGCAAGAGAGAAUCUUUAGCAUAAAAUGUCAAAAAUAUUAACGAUACUAUUAUAGAAGAUUUGAAUAAAAAAAUAAAGGAUUAAAAUUAAAUUAUUGAUUCUUUAUAAUUAAAAAUUAAGGAAUAAGAUGAGUAAUUAAAAACUCAAUAAUUUAUUCAAGUUGAUUAAUAAGAAGAUUGUGAAUAAUUAGAAACAUUAGAAGAAGAGAAUCAUAUACCUUUAAUUAGGUAGUUCGAUGAAUCAGAAUAUACUGAAUAAAUAUAGUUAAAAGAGUAAAAUGAAUUACUUUGGAAAUAAAUUAAUGAAUUAAAAUAAUAAUAGAGUACUUAUAAAGAUCAAAAUGAAUUGAAAUAAUUGUAAAUUUAAAAUGAAUUGUUAAAAUAGGAAUUAUAAUAAUACAAGUAAAAUUUAUAAUAAAAUACCCUUAUCGAAAAUCAAUAAUUUUAAUAAUAUAGUCCAUUGAAUAUUCUUAAAGUGUAAUCAUUUUUAAAAUAAAAGGAUAACAAAAAACCAAAAGAUAAAAUUAAAAAAUAAAAACUAAUUUUAGAAAAUGAAAGUAAUCCAAUUAUUAAAAAGAGAGAGAUUAUCUUGUAAAGAAUAAUUUUGGAAUAAAAUUAAAAGAUUAAUAAAAUAUCAGAUAAUUAUGAUUAGUUAAUGAUAUUAUUAAAAAAUAUCAUAUUAGAUAUAAAGCAGAAAUAAAAUCAACUAACAAUUGAAGAAUUCACAAAAAAGUCAUAAGUCUUGUAAUAUUUAAGCAAAUUAAGAUAAUAAACAGAAAUAAUACUGAACAAAUUAGUAUUAGUUUAAAAUAAAAAUGAAAUCUACAAGUAAUAAUAUUAGUAGUAGCAGCAAUAAAUUUAAGAAAAUGAAGAACUUAUUUGA